AUGGCCGUAUUCCCUGCCAAACGCUUCCGCUCGCGCUCAUACAACAGCACCGUGCCUGCCAGAUACCGCGCACUGCUAGCGAAACAUCCUUUUGCUCUCUUCGGCCUCCCCUUCAUUGCGACAAUGGUCCUGGGCUCUUUCUUCUUGACCCCGGCAACCGCAAUCAGAUACGAAAAGCACGAUCGCAAAGUCAAGCAGUUGACCAAGGAUGAAGAGCUCGGCAUUGGCAAGGAUAGGCGCAGGAUUGACCUGAAAGAGGAGUACUACAGACUGGCUGCCAAAGAUCUCGACAACUGGGAGCAAAAGAGAGUCAAGAGACUCCCCGGCGAACACGACGGCAUCCUCUAG